GGAUUCUAUGAAGAAGUGAACCAAUGGCCGCGCCGAGGCGGAGACCCGUAGAGGCAUAUUGCUGCAAAUUGCGACAUCGUGUUCGUCUGCGCACCAGUAGGAUCUCAUCAAAUAGUAUCGAAGAGCCAGUACUCUCACUGUCACUAAACUGCAGCUAAAACUUACUAUGUCUAAUAUGGCGGUUCACAUCUUCGAAGGAUGACACGCAGCGCCUAUUUCUUGGAAAAGAAAGAAUAAACCAUAAUAACGCCGGGAACGAUUUUCUACGAAGAGAUGCUACACGAGGGCCGGCACUAGGACACCUUCGAACCCUGGAAGUAGACAAAAACUUGAAUAGAUUUUGGCUUUGCGUCAGCGAAACUUGAAGUAAGAGGACUAUUACCAUGGACAACAUGGACUUCAGUUUGAUGUGGCAGUUAUCGGCGGCGCGUCCUGGUGAUUGCGUGAUAUUGUUACCGAUGCAGUGGUGCGAGAGCCAGCGGCCAGACAGCACGAGUUGGUCCUGACGAGAAAAGUGGUGCUAGUAUUCUGGGCGGCGACAUCAGAAAUUGAUAAACGGGGAACCGGUCAGCGACACGUAAGUCAGAAACUGCCAAGGCGCAUUCGUGCGAGCUACACGAACCCCGCCUGGAGAGCAGCACGGACUUGUUUCUCCACACUGCAUUCUGGAACCAGCUCCACGCGCCAACAUCAAAUUCCUUGUGCGUUAAAAACGGUGAUAAGCUUUUUAGGUCAUUCAUCUACGCGAAGAUGUUCCAGCGUUUUUUCCAGGAGCAUGUGAUGGGCAACAAGGUGCUCAACAGCUCCUACAAGCUGGAGAAAACUCCCUCUUGCGAGGGUCUCGACGUGCGAUGGACCUGCUGUCCCGCGACCCACACGGACCGUCCGACCGAACCGCUUACCGUGUUUCUGUUUGAGAAAAAGCUCCUUGACAAAAACCGGCAGAAGGACGCGGUAUCAGGGACUACAUGCGCAACUGAUUAUUUUCUUAUGCGAAAGUAGAAGUACAGUAGGCACCUAACUGCAAUAAAAUAGUUUGUUUUCCGGCACAAAAGCCGUCGUCUCCCUCUAGUUGACUCUUCUCUACCUCUGGCAGCAGCUCUAGUCUAAGCCAGUAAAACUGACGUAGUUUUCAGAGCGAUGUAUUUUCGUAGCUCUAAUGUCGGACGUGCCGAGGCAGAAGCAGAGUUCUACUUGACCGAUGAAUUUAUCCACUGACACUAACUUAGGUCCUCGAAUGUCUUCGGAGGGAUGCACAGAUGCUGCAGCGCCUGCGACACCCCAACAUUCUACACGUCUUGGAACCUCUCGUGGAGGAGAAACUGACGCUUGCAUUCGCCACGAGGCACGUGAAAACGAAUUUGGCGACUCUGCUGGAAAAGGUGUAGAGUUUUUUUACCUGUUGAUGACAUGCAUAGUGUGAUAAUCAUACCAAGUACAGUUUUGCAAGAGCGGGAACGAAUGAGGCGAAGCACACAAUCUGUGGAGCCCACUUCGGUGCUGGAGGCGUAGACGAUGCGAAUUUCAUCUCCUCAAAAAUGCAAACAAAACGCACUACAGAACGCGAAGGAGCUGACUGCUUUGGAAAUGAAAUGCGGGCUGCUCGACCUCGCUGAGGCCAUUCGUUUCCUGCACCAGGACGCGAAGACUGCGCACCUCGGCGUGCAGCCCUGUAACAUCUUUGUGUCCGAGCAAGGACGGUGGUUCCUCGGCGGAUUUUCUUAUGCGCAGCAAGGCAUCACGAAGGGAACCGCUGUCGAUACGACUUUCGGGUUUCUUGCAGACGAUAUCACGCAAAUGGGGGCGGAUCCCUCGCUGAAGUAUUGCGCGCCGGAAAUCACCGCACAACGCAAAUUCGGCUUGGAGUCCGACGUUUUCUCGCUCGGGCUGAUUGCGUACGAAGUGAUGUCGCUUGGGGAGAAAAGACCGCUGCUGGCUGCGGUAUGAUCUACUGCAACGAGCCAGAUUUUGUCUUUUUUAGUAUAUAGAAUCGCAUGCGUUUUGCUUCUCCUUCUCGUUUGUCAACUUGCCAGAAAUAAUGUCGUUUCGAUGAUCUGUAGCACUAUCUACAGAAAGGAUGCAUUUCAUACAACAAACACCCAGCUCGGGCGGUACGACAGGAAUGGGCACCAGUCGAAGCUCCAGCAGCUUCUCCCACUCAAGGACCUGCACGCCAAGGUCCCACCGGAGCUGGUUUCCAUCCUGUGUGGCAUGCUUGCGCCGAACCCGGAGCACCGCAUCGAUAUCAGCGCCUUUCUACAAUCGGAGUUCUUUCAGGACAUCCACAUCAAGGCUUUGCGGUUUUUAGAGACUCUGUCGGAAAAGGACGAUGCGCAGAAGGCACAGUUCCUGAAGGGCUUCAAGAACCUGCUGGAGCAGCCGGCGAGUGCGUUGACCGCGGAUAGGAUUGUAGAGAUUGCCUUGUUGUUUUUGUCUUUUUCAUUUUCAACAUAAAUUUGUUCGGGAAAAGGACAAAAAACAUUUUUUUCAGGGAACUGUUGCUUUUUGGGCAGGGCGCAUCACAGAUUAUUUUCUGUCCACUUAUCACAACAGCUCCGCGAAAGGGUUCUGCCCCAGCUGGUCCGCGCUCUAAACUACCCGCCUUUGUACGGUCACGUGCUGCAGUGCAUUCUGGUGUGCCUCAAGCGACCGAAUCUUCUCACCCCAGAGCAGUUUCAGGUUCGAAGUCUACAUGAAAAUGUUCUCAUAUUGAACGUAUUUCUACUUUAUGCCAUGGAAAUAUUACAAAGCUAUUCCAGUACCGAUGUCUGGUAUGAGUGCGACCCAGCAGCAGGAAUAGCAGAAACAGAAAGCAUUUGAUAAGGCCGUUUCUGAACAUUAUCACAGGAGAAAGUGUGGCCAGGGAUGCGCGCUCUUUUCUCGGCGAAGGAGAUCCCGAUAGAAGCUGUGACGGACUUGAUUCGGAAUUUGGAUCUGAUCAUGCAGCUGACCGCAACCAGCGAGGCAAACGCGGUAUAGCUAACUUGAUGCUUUUUUCCCUUUUGUCCUAGCCUUUUUGCAUAAAGACAAGUUUCAUCUUCCCACGACGACAGACGGACCCAUUCAAGAAUGAUGACAGCCAAUCUUUCCUCCCAGAUUCUGCUCCCCUUUCUACUUCGCUGUCUCGAGCUUCCCGAGCCGACGAUCGCGCAGACCGCUCUGGAAAAGAUCCCGCAGCUGCACGAGAAAUUUGAGUACCGGCACAUCAAAGACCAAAUCCUGCCCCGCAUGCUCGCCGUUUUGCUGCGCAACGAGUCUACGCUGAAGGCCCGGUAUCAACUGCAAAAAUGUCUGGGUCUGGAAGGAUGCGAGCUUGUGAUGCGUGUUGCGGAUCAUACAAAAAUCUCUGUUGCAUGACUUGCAAAAGUCCCCCAUUUCUAGCCAUGCCGGCGGGGCAUUGAUUUCUCAUGCAGAAUAGGCAUCACCAAGGGGCUGCAGAAUCUGUGAUGCUAGGCCCUGCAAUACAGACUUGGUGGAGCUUGGAAAAACUGCAUGACAAACCUCGGAACUUUCCAGACCCAGACAUUUUUGCAUGUAAUACCCGGGUGCAAAUUUUGAUGGGCAUCAACGCGAUGUUCGCGGUGUUUGAUCGGUCCACCAUUUUGGAGACCAUCCUGACCGCCUGCGAGCGCGUGCAGAAGAUGGAGCGGGCGCCGGCGCUGUGCAUGGUGCUGCUUUCUACCUACGACGCCAUGAGCAAGUUUCUCGGGCCGCGCGAAACCGCGACGAAAAUCUUGCCCUUGGUGUGCCCGUUGCUCGCCGAGGAAUCCCUCACCGCGGACCAGUACCGCACACAGAUGGAGGUGUGCCGCAAGUUGCUGGAGCGAGUGGACACCUCACGUUCAAAAGAGUACGCAACGAGGACGGACAACAGUGCGGACGUGAACGCCGCGCUCGGCGGAAUGGGCUCGGCAGGGGGGCUGCUAACCGCCAAUGAAGGCGGGACCACCGCGAAGCCGCGAGUACCGGACGCGGAUGACAAUUUUCUGGCGGAGCUCGGGGGCGCGACCCCAACGGGUGGUCCGACUGGAGGAGGUGGUUUCGGAACUACGAGCAAUAACCCCUGGGCCACAACGUCCUCGAACGCCGCGAGUACAACCGUGACAAACUCGAAAGCCUCCUCCGACGCGAAGUCCGAUUUCGACUUGUUGCUCAGCGGCCCGACUGUUCCGUCGACCAGCAACAAUUUCGCGAAGACGAGCUCCCGCACCUCCGGCAGUGGGGGCUCGUUGCUGGAUGAUGGAUUUGGAAACAUGAUGAACACGACGUCGAAUAAUUCCAACCCUGGGUCGACGAGCAACAUGCUGGACUUGUUUUCAACAUCCGGGCCGCCAGUGAGCACGACGAGUUCCAUGCCGAUUAGCAAGCCGCCGAGUAAUCCGUCGAUUCCUAUGCAGCUGCCGAUUCCAGGUUCGGGGCCCGCAGCGUCUUCCGCUGCGAGGCAGGACGACUUGCUGUCUAUGAUGGGGACGACGACGACUACAACAUCCACCGGCGCCGGUGGUAUUAACAUGUCCGGCACUACUAGUAGCGCCAACCCCCUCGCGCAACUAAACGAUCCGGGUUUCUACAACUCCUCUGGAGUGAUGACGGGGACUUCCGCUGCGACUUCGAGCACGUUGACGGGUGGGUUGCAAAGCUUCGAUUUGCAGAAGACCGGCGUCAGUUCGCAGUGGGUCGGGAUGGCGAACAUGCAGGGGGAUCCGUUCGCGGGGUUGGGGAGCGCAGGUGGUAGCGCUAGUACAGGGGGAAUGAAUUCAUCUACCUCAUCGUCCGGGGGAAUGCAGCUUCCAGGUGCUGCAGGCGGAGCAGGUAAUGUUAAUCCGAUGAUGGGCGGAAUGGGUGGAGGCGCGAACAACCUCAUGAUGAACAUGAGCCCGAUGGGGGGCAUGAUGCCAGGUGGAGGACAGCAGCAGCAAAAUCCCAUGAUGAACAUGAAUCCGAGUGGUAAUCCUAUGAUGAACAUGGGGAAUAAUCAAAACCAAGCGAACUCCCAGUUCUCCCCCUUUCCAAGAACAAAUAACGACCCAUUUGCCGGGUUGAUGUAAGAGCAGAAAAGCGACGCACUUUUUGCUUUUCCUCCGAAAGACCGCAAUGCUUUCACUACGCAGUAAGACGACAU